AUGGAUGGAUGCAGAAGCGUACAGUACUGUCGACACUUCCUCACAGACAACAGCACAUUUCACGUUGAGCGAUGUAUGAGUGUGAUGCAGUCAGGCACCCAAAUGGUGAAACUGAAGAAUGGCUCCAAAGGACUGGUUCGUCUCUUUUACCUGGAUGAGCACCGCUCCUGUAUCCGCUGGAGGCCUUCCCGCAAGAGUGAGAAAGCCAAGAUCACCAUUGACUCGCUCUACAAGGUCACCGAAGGUCGACAGAGUGACAUCUUCCAUCGGCAUGCCGAUGGGAAUUUCGACCCUGGGUGCUGUUUUACCAUUUAUCAUGGCAACCACAUGGAUUCUCUGGACUUGGUGACAUCCAAUGCAGAAGAAGCAAGGACAUGGGUGACGGGACUCAGAUACCUGAUGGCAGGCAUCAGUGAUGAGGACUCACUGGCCAAACGACAACGAACACACGACCAAUAUCCUUUAUAUCAGCAAUAAAAGUGGAUGAAGCAGACGUUCGAGGAGGCUGACAAGAAUGGAGAUGGGCUUCUAAACAUCGAUGAAAUCUACCAGCUGCUCCACAAGAUGAACGUCAACCUGCCCCGUCGCAAAGUGAAGCAGAUGUUCCAGGAGGCGGAUACAGAUGACCAGCAGGGGACGCUAACAUUUGAGGAAUUCAGCGUGUUCUAUAAAAUGAUGUCUUUAAGACGAGACCUCUUUCUGCUCCUCAUGUGCUUCAGUGAGAAAAAAGAUCACCUGACAGCCGAGGAGCUUGGUAACUUCCUGCAGGUGGAGCAAAAGAUGUCUAAUGUGACAACUGAGUUCUGCCUGGACAUCAUCGAUAAGUUUGAAGUGUCUGACGAAAACAAGCAGAAUGGCAUCCUGGGUAUCGAAGGCUUCACUAAUUUCAUGCGCAGUCCCACAUGCGACGUCUUUAACCCGCAGCAUAAUGAAGUCAAUCAGGACAUGGACCAGCCGCUGUGUAAUUACUUCAUCGCUUCUUCUCACAAUACCUAUCUGACUGGAGACCAGCUCCUCUCACACUCCAAGACAGAUAUGUACACCUGGGUCCUGCAGGCCGGCUGCCGCUGUGUGGAAGUAGACUGUUGGGAUGGUCCAGAUGGUGAACCCAUGGUACAGCACGGAUAUACCCUUACUUCUAAAAUCACCUUCAAAUCUGUCAUUGAGACCAUCGACAAAUAUGCCUUUAUCAAUAAUGAAUACCCAGUCAUCCUGUCCAUCGAGAACCACUGUAGUGUCCAGCAGCAAAAGAAGAUUGCUCAAUACCUGAAGGAGAUCUUUAAGGAGAAGCUGGACUUGGGAGACCUGUUGAACAAGGACUCUAAACAGCUGCCCAGUCCUAACAAUCUGAAGGGCAAGAUCUUAAUUAAGGGGAAGCGUCUGCCCCCGUAUCUGUCUGCAGAUGCCGAGGAGGGCGAGGUUUCAGACGAUGACAGUGCAGAUGAGAUUGAGGAUGAUUUCAAACUGAAGAACAGCACAUCUAACGGACCAACGCAGCACAUGUUCGAGUCCCAGAUCAGGAAAAAGCUCGACUCGUUGUUGAAGGAGUCUCAGAUUGUAGAUAAGGAAGACACAGACAGCUUCUCUAUCCGAGCGCUUCUCCGAGCUACACAUGAGGGCCUGCACAAGAACUUGAGCAAGAAUACCAAAGAAGGGCUAAAGAAGUCUCAGAGUCGAUCUUUCAUAAGCAACCUCAAGCAGAAGCGGCACUCCAAAUCAAGACUGAAAUGUCACAGCGUGGACACAGACGAUGAUGGACAGGAGACAGGAGGUCCAUUCAACAGGGGUGGACGGAGGAGAAAAACAAUAAAGCUGAGCCGAGACCUAUCUGAUUUGGUCGUCUUCACCAAUUCUGUGGUGUCUCAGGAGUGUCUGGACGAGGGCCCGGUUGUUAAUGUGCUGUCAUUCAGUGAGACACGAGCACAGCACCUGGUGCAUCAUCAAGCUGAACGCUUUCUGAGCUUUAACCAGCGGCAGCUCUCACGGAUUUACCCCUCUGCCUACCGCAUCGACUCCAGCAACUUUAACCCCCAGACAUAUUGGAACAUGGGCUGCCAGCUGGUGGCUCUGAACUAUCAGACAGAAGGACGAAUGAUGCAGCUAAACAGGGCGAAGUUCAUGGUGAACGGAGGAAGUGGCUACGUAUUGAAACCCCUACCGAUGUGCAAAGGCUCCUUUAAUCCACACAGCGAUGACCCUCUUCCAGCAUAUCCUAAAAAACAGCUGGUACUGAAAAUCAUCAGUGGGCAACAGCUCCCUAAACCACCUGACUCCAUGCUGGGUGAUCGAGGGGAGAUUAUUGACCCAUUUGUUGAGGUGGAGAUCAUUGGUCUUCCAGUGGACUGCUGUAAAGAACAAACCCGGGUUGUUGAUGAUAAUGGAUUUAACCCGGUGUGGGAGGAAACCUUGUCGUUUACUCUGCACAUGCCCGAAAUUGCACUGGUACGAUUUCUGGUGUGGGAUCAUGAUCCUAUUGGACGAGACUUUGUGGGUCAGAGGACAGUCGCUUUUACUAGCCUCAUGCCAGGUUAUAGACACAUCUAUCUGGAAGGGAUGAUGGAGGCAUCCAUCUUUGUCCAUAUCUCAGUGCAUGAUAUCUAUGGGAAGUGGAGUCCCCUAGUCCUCAAUCCCAGCUAUACCAUAUUGCACUUUCUAGGAGCUAACAAGGGCCGUCAGUUACGGGGUUUCCGAGGUCUAUUCAGCAAGGGCUCUAAAUGCUCCGUAGACACGCAGACUGUUCUACCACAUAAACGCUCUUUAGGAAACCCCCUGCUGCGCAGGACGGCUAGUGCUCCUGCCAAGGGACGCAAAAAGACUAAAAUGGUAAUAUCUGAAACAGCAACAGGCAAGGACAAGGAAGAAAACAGCAAUGGAGAUCUCAAACAACAAGCUGUUGGGAAGAGGGAGGGUCCCAGGAUGGGCCUCCAGCACCGGCCGGCCUCCAUGCCUCUGGAGAGGGUUCUGCAGGGCCGGCUUACUGUAUCCUCCUCUGAACAAGAUAGACCUGACACUGGUGCCGACACUAUAAUAGAUCAGUUUUUGGAAAGGCCAAGGUCUGCUUCUGUGGAUCUCCUCAUUGAAACCUCUGAACUCCCUAAUAACACGAUCCACCCUACACAAAAGGUCCAGCAGAGAGCUACUCAGAAUGUAGAAACAAAUGAAAAUACUUACUUUGUUAUAGGAGGACGCGGUGAGACUUGCACUGAUGUCCUUACAGAACCCGUUGGGCAUAGAUUAACUCUGCAAACCAAAGCUCUUUCUCAAAAGCCUACAGAAGGUCAUUUGAGACUCUUGGAUCAACUUGACAGUCAUGCUAGUUUGCAGACUGAGAUCCAUCAAAGGGAAUCUCCUAAAAGUAACAAAACAAGCCAAGCAGCUUCUUCUUCCUCUUCAAGCACCAAUGCCAUAUCUCCACUUCCACCCAUAUUACAUCUGUCUAAACACCAGGAUCACAAGUCACUUCAGGACAGUGAUCUCUCUCACCUCAUUGAUGCUGUGUCUUUAGGCGACGAGUAUGACACAUGUGGGUCGAUAUCAGCUCUUAUUGGUCAGUUUGAAGUUACUGCUGAACAGAGUAACUUGAAUCUGUCCUCAGGGUCGCAACUCUCUCACUUGUCUGUUCCACCAAUGGAUAGCCAACUUUUCAGCACCCCACAAAAAAAUACCCUCAACUCAUCACUAAAAGCCCAACAGCCUAUUGAAAACCUCCCUUGCAGUCCUGAGACUACUGAAUCAACUGUCUUCACAAUUCUAGAUGAGCAAGUGCUUUCUCCUGUUUGUGCAUAUGACAUACAUGUUCAGCCUAUUUGCAAUAACCUAGAGAAAUUGGAGUGCACAUCCUCACGUGACAGAGGAUGCCCUCAUCUAACCAAGAUACCUUUCAGACGAAUAGUAGAGAACAGUGGGUGGGGAACUCAUGGAGAUAAAAGCUACAAUGUCCAGUGCCAGUCCCCUGCAUUUUCAAGAACCCAGCAAUAUGGAUGUUACAAAGACACAUCAAUAAACAGUACAGCUUCAGAGCGAUUUCUUAUGUGUCAUGACACUGCCAGCAGCAGCUUGAUGGAGGUGGAGGUCAAUGUGGAUGGAGAUCCUUUGGAUUCAACUUUGGAAACAACUCUGGUACCAUCACCUCAUGAGUUACUACAGAAUUCUCUAAAUUUACUCCCGUCAAGCAAAAAUGUAUAUAAACUACCUGAGACAUCACUGUUUCAUAGUUACUUCCCUCAUCAGACCUUCGAUGACAGCACUCAUCAGUUUGACUUCACAGUUAACCAGCCCCAGACAGAUAAUUACAACAGAAGUAAUACUACCAUAUCAGACCAUUUUAAUCCUGGUAUGAACAAAGAGAUCACUUAUAGCAAUAGGCACAUUGAGACUAAAAAAAAAAAUAGUAUGAUUUGCAAGGGAAACCAGUUUCAGAAUGGGUUUUCUUCCUCAGAAUGUCUUUUAAGGACUCAAGACAUCUACUCUCAAACACAAAAUGGCUCUUACAUGCCUGGGUCUGAUUGUGAUACAAUAUAUAGCUCUGUGGAAUACAGAGAUACCUUUGCUCCACCACAGCAAUAUAAUAAGUCCUUGCAACAAAACCAAGCUUUGAAACCAUCCCAUCCUGAAAUAUUCAAAGGGAUUUAUCUUGUCGGAUCCCCAGUCCCAACAACUCCAAGUCCUUGUAAGUCCAAGAGCUUAGGUGACUUAACAUCUGAGGAUAUCUCGUGCAACUUCCAAAGCAAAUACAAGGUCAUCAGUCGAAGCUUUAUCACUCCAGCUAUGCGAGACCAGAAAAAGAUAUGUGGCCAGUUUAAUCAGUCACAGGCUUCAGACACCCUGACAGAACAGCUUCGCAAGCUGGUGACUUUAGAUGAGAUGGACCCUCCCAGAAGCAGAAUCCCCUCUCAGCUACAACCUACUCCCAAAUCUCUUUCAGUGUUUCCAGCAGUGCCGUUGAAUUCUGUUGUUUCAACAGAUAUCUCAAAUGACCCUCCUCCAUUCCUGUCACGAAAGCUUUCAUCACGUAGUCAGAGUCGGGUACGUCACAUAGCCAGUCGUGCCCGAGAAAGGCAGCAGGAAGCACUCAAAUUACGAUCUGCGGUGGGGACUUCUGAUGUGGUUCUUCGCAAUAAGACAGUCUGUUCUCAAAGUCCCCUUAUCAAUAGGCAUUCUACUGGCUCGUACAUUGCUGGGUACUUGGGGCAGGCAGGGCUGGAGGACCGUGGCUUGCCUGAGGGAUCCUGCAAAAAACUUUGUUAUGGCUACUAUGAUCAAGGUUAUGUUGAUGACUCUGUGAUCCCUCAUAAUUCCUGUACUCCCUCUGAGCCUGAGGUCUACUUCCUUUUAAGACUUUAAAUUGCCUGUAUAUGAACUUACUGACAUUGCUAACACAGUUUUUAAAUAUUUUUCAGACCAUAAGGCUGUACUUGUGCUUUCAGAAUACAUACUGUACUACAAGCUCUUCUUUAAUGAAAAAUAGUGCACUCUAAAGCCUAAGUACAGAUAUAAAAAAAGAUCUAAGUCAAAGCUUCCAGUAUUGUGUAAAUAUUGUCUUAUAUCCUGGAGAAGCAAAUUCUCUUCAUAGAUUCACUCCACCAAAUUAGUCCAAGUCAAGCUUUUAAAUGUCGUCAUUUGCAAUAUGUAUUGGAGAAUAACAAGUUUGAUUGUUACAAUUGUAUUUUUUUUUUAAAGUGUAUCUUUUGGUCUCUUGUUUGUCUCUUUUCCAAUGGUUAUUCACUUAUAAGAGGGGCUUCCAUUCUGAAAUAUAUAAUUUAGUUCCUUUUCUUGGAUCUUUUUAUGUUAUUCAUCCAUGGUGUUUGUACUGUAUAUACUGUAUAUGUUGACAUAUUUGUCAAAUGUGCCCUAUUUUUAAGGCCCUAUGGGUUUUAAAUUUUAAAAGGACAUGUGGUGUUACAGCAUGUGAACUGUGGACAUGUUCAGCAUGACUAUGCACAGAUGAUAGGUAGACAUGUCUGUGCCCUGUUUACGUGAAAUUUUCAUUUCAUUCCAUAAUCAAAGAAAAACAAAAACUUUCCAGCUGGGUUUGCUUACUAUUUCUUUUAGGCAUGCAUUAAAUAAUCAUUACCAAUACAUCAUUUUCAAGGUUGAAAAACUAAAGGGUUAAAGUUUUUAUUUUUGUAAUUGUUUUGAUACAGAUAGCAAAAAAAGGACAUUUGAUCUGAUAUUUUUUUCCCUUAUAAAGCAUUUUACUGUAUCUGCAUAACUAGCCUGACACAGUUUCAGGAGGGGGUUGUUAACUGAACAUGUUGUGUUUUUAAGUUUGUCUUAAAGGGCAUUAUUAUUAUUAUUAUUUUUUUUUUUUUGCUCAUCAAAUGCUUCAGAGCAUUUUCUUACCAAUGCAAUAAAGUACUGUUUGUCAUUAAAUUAA